AUGUCACCCAGAGACGCAACGGUCGUCUGGGUGAGGGGGACUAUAGGGGUGACGAGGGACCAGGGCGGGCCCGAGGAUGUGCGGACGGUGCGAGAGUUGGACGUAGCAUUGGAGAUGCUCCCGAUGUACGGCGGGCGGCUGGAUCACAGAGCCGAACGCAGGGCGCUGCAACACGGGUCGGACCAAGCUCAGCCGGACGAAGGCGAUUCGGAGAGCUAUCAGGGGGACUCGACGGAGCGGCAAGGCGGAAUCACGCAUGUGGGAGUGGGCACUCAAAAAGGGAAACCGUCAUGGCUUACGGGCGGCUGGCGCGAUAUGGAUACGCGAAAGGCCAAGGCCUGGAAUUCAAGUGACGAAAUUUCAGAUUUCCAAGAUGAGACGUCCGAGUUGUUCAUCGGUGAAUGGAUGGAGCAGAGGGACAUCCGGGACCAGAUCGUCCUCGCAACCAAGUUUACAAUGAACUUCAAAGCCCGGCGGAACGUCACGCAGCAGGUAAACUACGCUGGGAACAACGUCAAGUCAAUGCGCCUCAGCGUCGAUGCGAGUCUCAAGAAACUCCGCACAUCGUACAUCGACAUCCUCUACGUCCACUGGUGGGACUGGGACACGAGCAUCCGCGAGCUCAUGGACGGGUUACACAAUCUCGUCGCGCAGGGCAAGGUCCUCUAUCUCGGCGUCUCAGACACGCCCGCCUGGGUCGUGUCUCAGGCGAACCAGUACGCGCUUGACCACGGCAAGUCGCCGUUCGUCAUCUACCAGGGCGCGUGGAACAUCAUGGACCGAUCUUUCGAGCGAGAGAUUCUUCCCAUGGCCCGCGAACAUGGCAUGGCCCUCGCGCCCUGGAACGUCCUCGCGCAAGGGAAAUUCCGCACAGACGCCGAGGAGGAAGCACGUCGGGUCUCAGGAGAGAAGGGACGCAUGAUAAUGAGCUCGGAAUGGGAGAGAAACGAGAACGAGAAGAAAAUUUCGCAUGCGCUCGAGAAGAUCGCUGGCGAGGUCGGGGCUCAGAGCAUCGCUGCAGUCGCGAUCGCCUAUGUGAUGCACAAGGCGCCGUACUGUUUCCCCAUCAUCGGAGGCAGGAAGGUCGAACACCUCAAAUCCAACCUCGAGGCCCUCGAAAUCUCGCUUUCCCCAGCCCAAAUCGAAUUUUUAGAGAAUGUGUUGACAUUUGAUCCUGGUUUCCCCGCCAGUCUGAUUGGGGAUGGCACUUCGUACAGCGGCUUGAUGCUUACCGCUGGACACUUUGAUCGGGUACCCCGUUUGAAAAGCAUCCCGCAUUCCAAAGACUGAACGUAGUUGAAUGAUGAACUUGUUGCUCUAUCAUGUCAAGAAUAUGAAUGCAAUUGAAUUGACCAAGUGGUG